AUACGUACGUCGGGGUCGGGUGUAUACGUACCUACACGUCCAGAUAGUGUAGGGGCGUGAUUAACACAUGAUUACAGAAUUAGAAUUUGUCACUGUUUCAUGACGCUGACGCCGAGCUACUAACACUGGAAUAAUAUAUAACUGUCUAAAAAGAGGAACUGAAGUAUACAACUUCGGGAACGUAAGGAUUUGCAUCAAGACGACAAAUUGAAAAUGGAUUACCGACUUUCGUUUGCAGUAGUGUUUCUAAGUGUCAUUGUAUCUCCUGUUCUGUCUGCAUCUACUACAUCAAAUUACACAAUUGUCACGGAUAUCACCAUUCCGAUAAGUAACGAAACCUCUACACUUCCGCCCAGUGAAAACGGCACAACUGUGACACUUCCGCCCAGUGAAAACGGCACAACUGUGACACUUCCGCCCAGUGAAAACGGCACAACUGUGACACUACCAGCAGACAACUCUACGAUAACGAUCGGACCUGCUGCCAACUAUACAGGAACCACUGAAACACCCAGGGAAAAGACGUCAUUGAUUCCAAUAACUAUACCCACGACACUACGGCCUGCCAAGACUUCGUCAGGUUUUGACGGUGGAUCAUUCGCCGGUGGCAUAGCCCUCGGUGUUGUUCUCGUAUCGAUAAUGUUUGGAGUUUGCUACUUAUGUCGUCGGCGCAAAGGGUCGGGCAACCUGCAAACACCGUCGGUGGAAUAUUGAGAGGGUUCGAGGUAAUUUAUUCGAACUUUUCAAAAAGCCUCCUUCUGAUGUGCAUUUAAGAAGACGUAGAUGGCGCAAAGACGUGACUCUAUAUGAAGUCACAGAUCUCAUUCAUAAGUGCAUGUGCGUGUCUUGAAAAUCCACAGCAUACUAGAUAUCAAUGGUGGCGAAAACAAAUUUAUUCGUGAUCACUUGAGUAAAUUAUACUUAAAAAUAUAGAUAUAAAUAGAAUAAUAAGAGUAGAGCAUUAUAUAUUCCGUCUUUGCGUAUUGCAGAGU